CAGGGUACGUGCACGGUGAGAUAGUUGGUGUCCCAGUGAAAGAGAAGGACAUUUUUGUCGAUGCUUUGGACUACAUUGAGAGGUGCUUCUCCUCUGACAAGUGUGUGUGCGACCACCAAGAUUCAUUGAGGUUAUGGAUCAACAAAAUCAACAAAGUGAAGAGAAGAGGUAUGUGGUGGAGGUUGACAUUGUACCCUCACUCAGUAUUGUUAGGGGAAAGGUGUACGCAGUCCGUCUGCCAAAUUUCAAAGUAGAGACAAACAAAGUAGAAUUUGAGAAAGAAGUGAUUCUGAGAAGGGUUGGUUCAAAAACAGCGCCAGUGAGUGAAAAAGAUCUAAGUGAUUUUUACCAGCGAAUCAAAGAUCGGGAUGCUCAAAGAGACGAAGCAGAGAAAAAUCAGUUCCUGAGCACUUCUGGGAUCUGCCAAGACCUUGGACGAAAGCUAACAAUGCUAAUGACGAGUGGAAAGAAAUUCAUCGAAACACAAAAAUGGUUCAUACUUGUCACCAACAAAUUCAAGCCUGAUGACCUCUGCAACAUCAACUGGCUGCUUAACAUGAACAUAUUCUGCAUGUUUGAUUUUGAUCCACACUCAAAGAUAUCAGGUCUCUGCAGUAAAUACCUUCAGCAUCAUGCUGCCAACAUGCAUUUUCUACAGAGCUACAGGAUAUCUGGUGGCUCAACCAUCUUAGAAUUCACUAGUCACUUGCAUCUGUUUGAUCAAACUAGCUGGAUCUUCUGUAAUGGCCGCACUGACUUCAAAGGAAACAAAACUCCAUGUGAUGAGAUGACUUGGAUCAAGACCAAGAUGACGCUCCUGUGGGAAUCUGUGUCUUUAAUCUGUAAACAAAUCUUGCCAAAAGGCACAUUCCAGGUCAUUUUUCUUGUCACGUCACCAGUUGAGAAACCUCUCUUGCACACCUUUUAUGAGUUUUUCACAGACAUGGAAGGCCAUGAAGACAUCAUCUGCAUCUGUGAGUCAGAGCAAAAUUUCCAGAAGUGGCAAAGCUUUGCAGAAGGUUCGUGCGGAAAAGAAACUGUUGACCAUUCCAGUGUUGUUGGGAUGAAAAUGAGCCACAUCAAUGCAACUCUGCAGCAUGUACAACCCAUGAAAGCAUGUGCCAGAAAGCACUUGCCAGUCUUUGUGAAAGGGAAAUGUCUCCUUGAGACAAAUGAAGAGGAACAGAUGUAUUCUCUGGAAAUCCUGACUAUCAACCACUGUGAUGAAACAAGCAAAGAGUUCAUCGAUGAGGAGAAAGCAAACAUUGAAAGCCAGUUCCUCCAUGGUGGGGGAGUGACCUGGUUGAACUUCUGGCUUGCUGAGCACAAAUAUGUUGGAGAGGUAGUUGAAAGAAAUGCCUAUCAUGAAACGUCCGGGCUUCUCAAAGAUGCUUUGAAACAUUAUGCAGAUCAAACUCCAGUGAAUAUUAUAAACAUCUACCAUCACCCAGGAAGUGGUGGGAGCACAGUGGCAAGACAAGUGCUGUGGAACAACAGGAAAGAUCUGAGGUGUGCAGUUGUGAAGCCUUUACACUCAGCUACUGUUGUUGCUCAACAUGCAGUUGAACUAAGACAAUAUGAAGAAACAGAUCCACAGAGGUGUCUACCUGUGCUGCUGCUCAUUGAAAACUCAGACAAAGAAUAUCUUGAUGAUCUCAGGAAUGAACUAGAGGUUGCCAUUAACAGCAAACAAAUCCAGUAUGGAACUCUGUGUUUCAUCUUGUUGAGUUGCAGACGGUCCCAUGAUCCAGAGGCGAGAUGUAGGGACUCUCCAUUAAAGAAUGUGGCUGUCACUCACAAACUGUCUGCUCAAGAGAAGAGAAAGUUUGCAGGAAAACGAAAAGGAACUUGAGGAACUCGGAUAUGAACCUGAUUUCAUCCUGACGUUUGUUUUGAUGAGUCAAGAAUUCUCUGGAGAUUACGUCCGAGGGUUUGUGGAACAUUUGCUCCAAGACAUUGACCACCGAUCUGUUG